AUGUGUCCAUGUCUUGGGAUUCAUCAUAUCUCCCCUCCAGCAGAUCUUCCUGUCCUCGAAGACAAUCAAAACGCCCCAAUUGGGGGAAGGGUCGAAGAACUCUUCGACAUUCCAUACCACCUUGCAUACGACCCUGGGUAUACCAACAACACGGUUGUGCUAGCCACUCGCAACGCUCUUGGGCGGACCAGCGUCAUGCAGCCUCAAACACAGCUAUGGCCCCCUGGGAAGGAAUUCUGUACUGAAGGAUAUGUCGACAAUUGUCCCGAAAACAUGACGACUUUUGCAAAUAUCUCGGCGUUUCCAGACCCCUUUCUCGCUCAAUUGCCGAAUGGGUAUAAUACUGGGUUAAUUCGCCAGUAUCUACCGCGCAUCAACUCAACAACCACUGUUUCUCCCGCUCCUUUCCCAAAGAACUGUGGCGAUACACCAGGGUCUCUAUACUUUCACCACAAGAACGUUUUCCAUUCUAGCGGUUCCGACGAUUACUCUUGGGAAGUAACAGCGUGCAUGCCGGCAGAUAUGCGGCAAUCUCCCUGGAUCUCAACACGAGAUCGGCAGGACUUUUCCGAGGACCUGAACCCCGAGGCUGUCUAUUUAGACUCCCACAAAGGCCCUCUGCAGACACUCACACUCGCUUUAUUCGGCCCAGACUGCUUCUUUGAGUCAUGGCCCCGGCUGGUAUUCAAGCGUGUCCAGGGCAGUGGUUCAGCGAACCCGGACGUUUGUCUUAGCAUGGCACCACUCGGCGGGCUUUUUCUCAACAACGAAGGGUCUCUGGAUAUACGAGAUCCAGAAGAGUACCCCACCACGGUCCAGUUCCCCUGCGGCUUUAAUGGAGCACAAACAGCCGAAGAAGCGAUCUACUCCUGGCUGAAGACAUUCCACCAAGUUAGCAGCCGCCGCCUCGAGAACGCAUUCAACGCCGCCGCCUUUCUGGCGAACCAAGCCUGGAUGGAAUUCGGCAGUGAAAAAAGUGGAUAUGGUGGCCUGACGGUAAGUUGGGACAUGGGGAAGGAUACUUCGAUCCCGACGUUCUCAGUUGGCGGUAUCGUGACGGUCUCGGUUUUGCUGGGUCUUUAUCUGUUUAUUUUAAUGGGGCUUGGGUAUUAUUCUGCUCGAACUCCUCGAUGGACGGAACAGUUAGAUUCGUUUGCGAUGAUGAGGAUUGGGGCUUCGGUUGCGGAUGACGUCCCUUUACUUGCGGGUGUUGAUUCGAACUAUGUUGCCAUUCUGGAUAAGAUACCUGGCGUAAUGGGGGAUUCUGCGCCAGAGCAUGAACGGAUUGGAAAGCUUGCACUUGGAGGAUCUGACCCAUUAACGGGCAAGCGGCUAUAUGCCUCUUAUAAGUGGAGUAGUGUAUAG